UGGAUGGGAGGCACGUGUCACCUGUUUGAUCGCUCAUUUCCUAUCCGCUGGUGAUCGCUCAUUUCUUAUCCGCUAACACCUAUGCUUCCCUAUCUAUUGGAAACGCGUCAACUGACUUUUCAUGUGGAUGAAAAGAAAGCCCCCACACGCUAAUUCGAAGACUUAUAACACCAAUAAGUUCCAACACAAGGACAGAUACUUUUGAUAAGAGAAGUACAAAAGAAAAAGCAUAUUCUUGAAAGACUUGAAACGGUAGUCAAUUAAUGUGGAACACGAGACCAGGGCACUAUAAAUAGAUAGCCAACCCUCACCAACUGUACACCAAAACAAAACAAUAACCAUGAGAUCUUAUUAUUGCCUUAUUUUCUUGUAUGUUCACCUACUUUCAUCACAAAACUGUUUUACUUUUGCUUCAGCCAGUUCAACUACUGAAGCGCAAGCCCUUCUGAAAUGGAAAGCCAGCUUACAAAAUCAAACCCAGCCUAUCAACUCAUGGAUGUACCUUCCCAGUACAAAUAAUGCCACCAAUACUUCCAGCAAUCCCAAAGCAAUUGCAAACCCAUGCAUUUGGACGGGUAUCUCGUGCAAUGCUGCUGGAAGUGUCAACAGGAUAAACCUUACCAAUUCUGGUAUACAAGGUACGCUACAUGAAUUCUCAUUCUUGUCAUUCCCUAAUCUUGUAUAUCUAAACCUCAGCUCAAAUAAACUCUUCGAUGUCAUACCACCUGGAAUUAGUUCCCUCUCGAAACUCAGUUUUCUUAAUCUAUCUAGUAAUCAAUUUUCUGGGAAAAUCCCGCCAGAAAUUGGUCUUCUAAGAAGUCUCACAUUUCUCCAUCUCUAUUCAAAUAAUCUCUCUGGCACAAUUCCAAAAGAGUUAGGGAAUCUAAAAUCUUUGGUGGAUCUACAAUUGGGCAUCAAUCAACUCAGUGGUUCAAUUCCGACAACACUAGGUGGUCUAACCAACCUUACCACUCUCAUUCUCCGUACAAAUAAUCUUUCUGGCACUAUUCCCAUGGAGAUAGGAAACCUGAAAUCAUUGGUAUAUCUAUCUUUGAGCACCAAUCAACUCAGUGGUUCAAUUCCGACAACACUAGGGGAUCUGACCAACCUUACCACUCUCUAUCUCUAUAAAAAUAAUCUUUCUGGCACUAUUCCCAUGGAGAUAGGAAACCUAAAAUCAUUGGUGACUCUAGUUAUGAGCGAGAAUCAACUCAGUGGUUCAAUUCCGACAACACUGGGGGAUCUGACCAAUCUUGCCACUCUCUAUCUCCAUACAAAUAAUCUUUCUAGCCCUAUUCCUAUGGAGAUAGGAAACCUGAAAUCAUUGGUGGAUCUACAGUUGAGCACCAAUCAACUCAGUGGUUCAAUUCCGACAACACUGGGGGAUCUGACCAACCUUACCACUCUCUCUCUCUUUACAAAUAAUCUUUCUGGCACUAUUCCCAUGGAGAUAGGAAACCUGAAAUCACUAGUGAAUCUACACAUGAGCGAGAAUCAACUCAGUGGUUCAAUUCCGACCACACUGGGGGAUCUGACCAACCUUACCAUUCUCUCCCUCUUUUCAAAUAAUCUUUCCGGCACUAUUCCUAUGGAGAUAGGAAAUAUCCUGAAGUUGACAGAAUUGGAAUUGGGUAUAAACCAAUUUUUUGGUUAUUUGCCCCAAAACAUUUGUCGAGGUGGAUCACUGACAUACUUUUCAGCAUUCUCCAAUCAUCUAAGUGGUCCAAUCCCUAAAUUCUUGAAAACCUGCACGAGCUUAUUCAGAGUCCGUCUUGAAGGGAACCAAUUGACAGGCAAUAUAUCUGAAGUCUUUGGUGUUUAUCCAAGUCUCAAUUUUAUAGAUUUGAGCAAUAAUCAACUUUAUGGUGAAAUCUCACCAAAUUGGGGAUUGUGCCAAAAUUUAACAACCCUGCGAAUAGCUGCAAACAAACUUACUGGUUCUAUACCGGCUGAGAUUGGAAACGCAACCCAAAUUCAUGAGCUGGAUCUUUCUUCAAAUGGUUUAGUCGGGACGAUUCCAAAGGAGUUUGGGGUAUUAACUUCAAUGGUGAAGCUGAUGUUGGACGACAAUCAACUUUCAGGUCGUAUUCCUUUAGAGUUUAAAUCAUUGACUGAUCUAGAAUAUCUUGAUCUAUCAGCAAACAAAUUCAAUGAUUCAAUUCCAAGUUUUGUAGGUGACUUUCACAAGUUAUAUUACUUGAAUUUGAGCAACAACAAGUUCAGUCAAGUAAUUCCAUUUCAGUUAGGGAAGUUAAUUCAGCUGUCCCAACUAGAUUUGAGUUUUAACGUAGUUGAAGGUCGGAUACCAUCCGAUAUUAGUAAUAUGCAGAGUCUGGAGAUACUUAAUAUAUCCCACAACAAUCUUUCUGGUUUCAUUCCAGCAAGUUUUGAAGACAUGCACGGGUUGUCGUAUGUAGACAUAUCCUACAAUGACUUGGAAGGUCCACUUCCCAACAACAAAGCAUUUCAAGCUGCUACUCAAGAAGCAUUACAAGGGAACAAGGGCUUGUGUGGCAACGCACGAUUUUUGCAACCCUGCAAUAAACAAAGCCCAACAAAGGACCAUAAACUCGUAUUUAUGAUAAUGUUCCCUAUUCUUGGAGCAUUUGGGCUUCUAGCCUUUAUAUUUGCAUUGGUAGCAAAAAGGAAAAAGAAGCAUCAGCAUGGAGAAAAAACCAACAUGAAUGAAGAAAUUUCUAUUUCUAUAUUGAAGUUUGAUGGAAAUACGAUGUUUGAGGAAAUCGUAAGGGCAACAGAAGAUUUUCAUCCCAUGUAUUGCACAGGGCAGGGAGAACAGGGAAGUGUCUUGCCAUGCGAUGAUGACAAGAAUCUUCAGAAGGCAUUCUUGAAUGAAAUCAGGGCACUAAUUGAGAUGCGUCACCGAAAUAUUGUGAAGCUUUAUGGUUUCUGUUCAUAUAGGCUGCACUCAUUUUUGGUGUAUGAUUAUCUGGAAAAUGGUAGUUUGGCCACAAUGUUGAGCAAAGAUGAGGAAGCCAAAAAACUGGGGUGGAGUAAAAGGGUGAAUAUAGUUAAAGGUGUAGCUCAUGCCUUGUGUUACAUGCAUCACGAUUGUUUGCCACCGAUUGUGCAUCGGGACAUAUCGAGCAAGAAUAUUUUGCUGGAUGAUGAAUAUGAGGCUUGUGUCUCAGACUUUGGCACUGCUAAGUUCUUAAACCCAGACUCAACUAAUUGGACUGCCCUUGCAGGCACAUAUGGAUAUAUUGCACCAGAGCUUGCUUAUACGAUGGAAGUGAAUGAGAAGUGUGAUGUUUAUAGCUUUGGAGUGGUGACAUUGGAGACAGUUAUGGGAAGACAUCCGGGAGAUCUUCUCUCAUCUCUUUUUUCGGGGGCGUGUUCAUCAUCGUCAACUGCAUUAGCAGCCCAUCAAAUGCCAGUUGUGGAUGUUUUGGACCAACGCAUUUCCCCUCCUACACGUGAAGUUGCAGGAGAAGUUGUCUCUGUUGUGAAGGUAGCAUUUGCGUGCCUGAAUUCCAGUCCUCAAUCUCGUCCAACAAUGAAGCAAGUUUCUCAACACCUCUCAACUAAAAGACUGCAUUUGUCAGAUCCAAUAUCUAUGAUAACAUGCGGUGAAUUGCUUUCUUGUAAUGGUUUCACUGCCUCAUGAAUUUUGAAUCAACAAUGUUCUUCUGUUCAGCCUACCUCGCCUUUUUUCGGCACAAUCCAAUUCUUGCUCUCUCUCCUUUCACUUUUCUACAUCCUCAGAUUCCUUUCAUCCCUCCAAAAGAAAGCACUUUUCUCCCCCUGUUCCAGGUAAUUUUGAUUCUGAUUUACUGUGAAAUCUCAGUUUUCGACCCACUCUGAAACCUGUGUCUGCAUCCCUCUAAAUCCAACGGCCACGAAACCUCUAAACUUACCCGCCAGUGACUUUAGAACUCUCACCCUUAACCUUCUUCCACCAUCUCAGACCUCCCUUCCUUCCUUCUCUUCGUCUCUGCAACACCAAAACGCUGCGUUUCACAAACAAUGCUCCUCCAAUAGCUCUCCUCGCCGGAACAGAGUAGCUUAAUCCACUGCGAUCAUGGCGAAUUGGAUCUCCUCCAAACUCAGAGCCGCCGAGGCCAUCCUCCAACAGAUCGAUCAGCAAGCGGCGGAGUUGUUACGGAAAAAUGAAGGGUUGUCUGACAAGAAGAUUGGAGGGGAGAGUAUGAGCAAUCAGUUGAGAAAUACUAUGAGUCCAGUGAAGCUGCUAGGAGGUUUGACUUCAGUAACUGAUGGCAGCUCUGAGUCUGACUCUGAGUCUGUGAUGCUGGUUUGUCGGAGAACGAUGUCAAUACUGAUUGGCUCAAGCUUGACAGUGAGAUGGCAAUAUAUUCUAAUGAUGCACAAUCUGAAGCUAAGAGAGUGCAAGGGUUCAUUCGAUGCUUACAGCUUUGUCAUUGUGAGAUAAAGAAGACUAAACCGUUUUGCAAGGAAGCAUUUGACGGGCUUGGUGGACUGACCCUAACCUCAUUGUCUCAGGUAUUGACUAGGUUGAAAUUAAAUUUUCGAGAUGUUAGAAGAGCUUAAUUUUGAGAGUAUCAUGUCUUGUUUACUGUGAUGGCCACAUAAUGGCAUCAAGCUGGGCUGUGAAGGCUGCCCUUCAUACCAUUUCUUUUAGUCACUCACUGUUAUUAUUUACUUCUGUAACUGGUCCUUGAGUUUUGCUUUUGGUUGUAAUUAUAUUGUUUCUGCUGUCUCUUAAAUAUAUUAUAUUGCUUUUAGGAUUACUAUUUCUCUCUUUAUUUCAGCUUUUAAGCAGGGUGGAGUUAGAGCUGCUGGCGCGACUUUGGUUAUAUGCUAAGGAAUUUGUUAUGGGCCACAUCAAAGCAUGAUGUAUACCUGAUGCAGAACCUUUCAGUAAUGCAUUGGAACUCUUCGCAGAGGAGAGGCACUGAUGUACUCAAUGUGGCUAAACCAAUUGCACCUACUGAGG